AUGCACAUGGCCAAACGGCUUAACCAAUCAAAAGUCACACGCAAGUCGUAUCGGAGCCACAGCAACUGCCUAUUAGGCGGAAUUCCACACGGAUCCCACACUAGCGCUCGCAUUCACGUGCUGCUACGGCCGAGAACUCCAUCCCACGCAAGACUGGCCGAAAAUUUGGGACGCUUGCCGGUCCGGCAUCAAGCCAAGAUCUGA